UACAGAGUAGCCACACACACACACACACACACAAACACGCGCGCGCUACAGAGUAGCCACACACACAUACACCGUCAUGUUGUGUAGAAUUAAGUCAAUAGAUCUAGCUAUAACAGGACCAUUUCUCAAACUCGUUUAGUCGUGUCUUAAUGCGUGUUUAUUGUUUAUAGGAGGUAAAGAUUGGUCUCAAUCUGGCAACCCGGAGUGUUCCGUGCACAUGGAUCAGUGAGCAGCGGUGAUCGGUUCUGCAGCGCGUUCACUUCUCACUUCAACUCCUCUGCCGGGCUUUUCCUCACACAGCACACCGAGGGACACACCGCAGGACAUGGGGUUGUCCUCUUCUCUCUCGGCGGAGACUUUCCCCUUUUCCCCUUCUCUCAUCGCAGGAGGAAUGAAGGAGGAAUGAAGGAGGACAGGAAUCUCAGACACUUUGUUUGCGCGCUGGAGAAAUGACGAUGCGUAAAGACCCGUCUUCCAGAAACAGCCAGUGAAUAUAAACUGCACUUUCACAUGAGUUUGUCCAGGAGGAGUGUAUUCUGCGAUUAAUCGACUAAAGUUUGGAAACACACACACACACACAUACACACACACACACACACACCUGCUCCGGACCAACAUGAGCAACAACAAGGACUGAACACUGAAUCAGAGUGGUCAGGACCUCAGGUGCUGAAGAUGGAGUGUGCGUUGGUGGGAUCGCUUUGGCUGCCCCUUUUGGUUCUGCUCAGCGGAGUGUCUUUAGGAGUCGUGGAACUGGAGAUGGUUCCUCAGCAUGGAGGAUCACCUGCUCUUAAGAACAUCACCCUGGCUGUUAUCUUACCCCUCCAUAACACAACGUACCCAUGGGCAUGGCCUCGAGUAGGUCCUGCUCUAAACUGGGCUGUGGAGAAGGUCAACUCAGACCCCACGCUCCUUCCAGGCCAUCACAUGCGCCUCGUCUUCAACAGCAGCGAGAACAAGGAGGGUCUGUGCUCUGAAUCGGUGGCGCCCAUCGUGGCCGUGGACCUGAAGUUUGCUCAUGAUCCGUGGGCCUUCAUUGGGCCGGGCUGUGACUACGCGUCUUCACCCGUCGCCCGCUUCACCACGCACUGGGAGAUGCCCAUGGUGACGGCUGGAGCACCGGCGUUGGGGUUUAACAUGUACUCUUCCAUCACAAACACAGGACCAACGCAUGAGAAACUGGGCCAGUUCGUGGUGAAGAUGCACAGAGACUUCGGCUGGCAAAAAUACGCCAUGUUCACGUUCCAUGACCUGAAGAAUGACGACCGGCCGUGCUACUUCGCCGUGGAGGGACCGUAUACGGAGAUGAUCGCAGAGAACAUCACGGCUGAGCACAUCGUGUUUAACGAGGAUGGGAAGGUUUCCUACCGUGAUCUCGUUAACGAUAUUAGCCAGCAAGCACGUGUGGUGUACGUUUGCUGUAAGCUGCAGACAUUCAGGAAGCUGAUGGUGCAGUUCAGGAAGCAGCGGCUUCCCCAGGAGGAAUACGUCUUUUUCUUCAUUGAUCUGUUUGGAGAGAGCGUGCAGGGACGUCCGGCUAAACCCUGGGCUCAAGGAGACGCAGACGAUGACGUUGUCAAGGAAGCCUUUAAAAGUGUAAAGAUUGUGACCUACAAAGAGCCCCAGAACGCCGAAUACAAACAAUUUGUGUCCAAGUUGAAGGCAGAUGCCAAGAAAAUGUUCAACUUCAGCAUAGGUGACUCACUGAUGAACAUGAUAGCCGGAGGCUUCCAUGACGGAGUGCUGCUCUACUCUCAUGCCCUGAACGAGACUAUGAGCGAGUAUGGACAGAAACCGCCGGGUAACGUGGUCACCAAGAGGAUGUGGAACCGUACGUUCUAUGGUGUCACAGGGCUGGUGGAGAUGGAUAAAGAGGGCAACCGAGAAAUCGAUUUUGCUCUCUGGGACAUGACUGACACUGACACUGGAGUUUAUCAGAUCGUGUCAGUGUAUAACAGCAGUUUGAAGCAGAUGAUUCCUGAGCCGGGGAUGAAGGUGCACUGGCUGAAAGGCGUUCCUCCUCCUGACAUCCCAGUUUGUGGCUUUAAGAACGACAAUCCUUCCUGUGUGGCCAAAACGGUCACAAUGCAUCAGAUGAUCUCGAUAGUGGUGUGCUUCAUCUUCAUCAUCAUCGUCACUGUCACGGUCUUCAUCUACAGAAAGGUGAAGUUGGAGAAUGAAUUAGCAGCACAGCUGUGGAGAGUGUUCUGGGAGGACAUUCAGAUUAAUAACCUGGAGAAAACGUUGCGUAGGACAUGCAGCAGAUUGACACUAUCAAUGAGAGGCUCCAAUUAUGGCUCACUGCUAACCAUGGAGGGAAAUGUUCAGAUUUAUGCCAAGACCUGUUACUACAAGGGAAACAUAACAGCCAUUAAGUAUAUAAACAAGAAGCGCAUCGAGCUUACCAGGACGGUGCUGUUUGAACUCAAACAUAUGCGUGAUGUUCAGAAUGAACACCUGACGAGAUUUAUUGGCGCCUGCAUAGAUGCUCCAAACAUCUGUAUCCUCACUGAGUACUGCCCAAGGGGCAGCUUACAGGACCUCAUGGAGCUUGAGAGUAUUACACUGGACUGGAUGUUCCGGUAUUCUCUGAUCAAUGACAUUGUCAAAGGCAUGUCAUUCCUCCAUAACAGCGUGAUCGUCUCUCAUGGCAAUCUGAAGUCCUCCAACUGCGUGGUGGACAGCCGCUUCGUGCUGAAGAUCACAGACUACGGGCUGGCCAGCUUCCGCAACGAGAACAGCUCCGAGGACACAUACGCUUACUACGCACGUAAGCUGUGGACAGCUCCAGAGCUGCUGCGUGCAGAGAACAGACCAGCGUGUGGCACUCAGAAGGGAGACGUGUACAGUUUCGGAAUUAUCCUGCAGGAACUGGCUCUCCUCAAGGGAGUUUUCUACCUGGACGGCCCUACACUCAGCCCUAAACAGGUCGUGGAGCGCGUGGCAGACGGGCGAUGGCCUUAUCUGCGCCCCCUGCUGUGCACUCAGAGCCACAGUGAAGAGCUGGGUCAGCUGAUGCAGCGCUGCUGGGCAGAGGAACACAGCGACAGGCCUGAUUUUAACCAGAUCAAAGUGAUGCUACGCAAACACAACAGAGGUUAUGGCCGCAACAUCCUGGAUAAUCUGCUCUCGCGCAUGGAGCAGUAUGCGAAUAACCUGGAGGAGCUGGUGGAAGAGAGGACACAGGCAUAUCACGAGGAGAAACGCAAGGCUGAAGCACUGCUCUAUCAGAUCCUGCCUCACUCAGUGGCGGAGCAGCUGAAAAGAGGAGAGACAGUGCAGGCCGAAGCCUUCGACUCGGUCACUAUUUACUUCAGUGAUAUAGUGGGCUUCACAGCUCUGUCUGCAGAGAGUACGCCCAUGCAGGUGGUGACUUUUCUGAAUGACCUGUACACCUGCUUCGACGCCAUCAUUGACAACUUUGACGUUUACAAGGUAGAGACCAUUGGUGAUGCGUACAUGGUCGUAUCAGGACUUCCUGUCAGGAAUGGGAACCUGCAUGCACAGGAAAUCGCCCGUAUGUCUCUGGCCCUCCUCAAAGCCGUGCACACCUUCAUGAUCCGCCAUCGACCUGAUCAGCAGCUCCGCCUGCGCAUCGGCAUUCACACAGGUCCUGUGUGUGCUGGGGUCGUUGGACUAAAGAUGCCAAGGUAUUGUUUGUUCGGUGACACGGUUAACACAGCUUCACGCAUGGAGUCAAACGGGGAAGCACUGAAAAUCCAUGUGUCUGAGGCGACGCGAUCGGUGCUGCAAGAGUUAAACUGCUUCCAGCUGGAGCUGAGAGGAGAUGUGGAAAUGAAGGGCAAAGGAAGGAUGAGGACCUACUGGCUCCUGGGAGAGAGCACGGCCGAGCACGCCUGACCGGAUCGCCUGAGCGGCACACAGGAGGACGCACGAGUAGAGAAAUAUAUAUAUACGAUCAUGUAGCAGAACGGUUUAGAGGCAUAAACGGCCUUGACGAGAGAGAGAGAACCACGGUGAUGGAACUGCAGGGUGGAGAUGCACGGGUUUGAGGAUGUGAUGUCCCGGAAAUUCCUUUCCGGGCAGGGUUGGGGUAAAAUAAACAGAAAAUCAGCACCAGGAAUGGAAGGCUGAUAUAAAGGACUAACAAAUCCAUGCAGAACGACAGCACCAUCUAGUGGUGAAGUCACACGUCUUUUUUAUUUCAUUUUUUUUUUUUUUUUUAAUUUUAGCUCGAAUUCGUGAAAAGAUGGAGACGAACUGGUGUUUAGUUUUCCCCUUGAAAUGAAAAGCGGUAGGACGUUGGGGAUGGUCGUGUAUCAUAAUAUAUUAUAUUGUGAUAGAGUUUGGAAAAGUGCACCCCCUUAAUGUGUUAAAAGUGUUCAUUUUCCUAUUAAAUGCCCCUUAGUUCAGUUCAAAUAGACUGACCUGUGUGUUUUCCUGUUUUCCAUACUUGCCACAAGUGCUUGUGAAUUAUCUGUGUUACGUAGGCACGUGCCAAUAAUCAUGACAUCAUGGUAUUUAACAUACCUAAGAUUGUUAUAAACGCGCCGAAAUAUUGUAUCGUAUACGGAGGAACGUCAGUCGGCCGUCGAGGGUUCUCACAAGACAAAGGCAAGCUUAACUGGUCAUAUUUGAAUGUGCAGCAUAAAAAAAAAAUAAUAAUAAAUUUUUUAAAAAGUAGUUCCGUAAUUGGACCGUAUUUGAAUGUGGAUAAAAAUUAACACGAAUAGAGUUUUGACAUCCGUGCUUUAAAAAAUACUUAAAUAUAUUUGUCCAAAGCGAUGUAGUAAACUUUUUAGAUCUUUAAGCUUGUGUAGGAUUUCUAGCAAAUGUCACGUUUUUUUUUUUUUUUUCGUUUUUUUUUUUUUUUAAAUAUUAUCAUGCUAUUGAAUUAUUGAGCAGCGUUAAUCUGUCUAAUUUGGUCGGAUUUAAAGGAGCAUCACAUGGGAGCAAUCCCAUAAUUCUAGUCACCAGUUUAGUGUUCUAUGAAAGAUUGGAAAAAAAAAAAAAAAAAAACAUGGCGGAAAUAAUGUUUUACAUCACUGAUUACAACGUUACCGUAAUGCUGUCUUUCUAUUAAAAUAUAUUAAUAAUAAUAACGAGCUGAUAUGAAUUACGUAAUAUAUAUAUAUAUAUUUUAAAUAUAGACUUUUCAACGUCUCUCCACUCUUCGGGUCGAGUUUGGGUGAGCCUGUGCCCGCUGUAGCGUCAGAUUUCUGUUCUCGAAUGACAGGAGUGGAACCGGAUGCGGUUUGUAGCUCAUCCACCUCGUGUUGUUCGUUCUGAGAUGCGUUUCUGCUCAGCGCGGUUGUAACGAGUGCGUAUUUGAGUUACUGUAGCCUUCCUGUCGGCUCCAACCGGUCUCAUCGUUCGCCUCUGAUCUCGCUCAUCAACCAGGCCCACAGACCCGCCUCUCACAGGAUGUUCUGUUUUUUGUUUUUCGCGCCAUUCGAGAGAGUCUAGAGACCGUUUCGUGUGAAAGUCCCGGGAGAUCAGCACCGACAACGACACCAAAGUCGUCCCGAAAUCACCUUCUUCCCCCAUUCUGAUGUUUAACGAGAACAUUAAGUGAAGCUCUUGUCUUGUAUCUGCACGAUUUAACGCGCUGAUGAAACCUAAUCGGGAAUAUUACGCCGAAGGUAACGGUAUAAACUGCGAUCGAAAGCUUUUGGAGUUAUCGCGACACUUGAUAUCGGCACGUGCCUACGGUUUUGUCGUUUCAUCUUUGAAAAAAUGUUCAGAAUGAAAACCUGAAACAGCUCGGACUGAGAACGCAGAAAAGACCCGCUGUGCAAGACGCUACCCGCGAUCAUCUCUCCUGCCGACGCUGUUGCGAAAGCCUGUACAGAACAGAACAGAACAUCCACGUGCCAGCUCAUGGACUCACAUAGACACGCUGAUUGUAGAAGACCAGCUCGAGUGCUCGCACACCUGUAGUUCCUUUUGAAAAGUGUGUGUAUAUAGAACAGAGUUAAACAAACCUUUUGCCAAAUCCUGAACUUGUAAUCGUACUGUAACGCUCAGACUCCAUGAACACACCACAGUAAGCUGAAUUCACGUGGUAAAGACAUUUGUUUUAUAAUGUGAUAUAUUAAAAGUACAGCUCAG